AGCAGGUGUGAGCCCUCAGCGUUUGGGCCUGAAGGAGACAGGCCUGCCUCUCUUCUGCCUGACCUUCUGCUGUCUACGUUCUGCAGGGUAUUAGAGAAACCGGGUCCAAGGGGACUAUCUGUGUGACUUCCUCCACCCAUCGUCUUCUUUGGUUCUCUCUCCCAUGUGGCAGAUGGGAUCCAUCUCCUACUUCUGCUUCUGCCUCUUUGGCCUGCUGACUGCCAGCUAUUUCUUGCCAAGUGCAAAUGCAGGUGUUUGCCCAGGAGGGUGGAUGACCUUCCAGAGCCACUGCUAUGGAGUCUUCCAUGAAAAGCUAACCUGGAAAGCUGCAGAGGAGGAAUGCCGGUCCUAUGGCCACAAGGGCCACCUUGCCUCCAUCCUUAACUGGGCAGAGGCAGACGUGGUGGCCACACACAUUGUGAAGAACCAUAAAGACAUAGGACAUGUCUGGAUCGGACUGAACGACCACUGGGGGUUCAGAGUCUUCAAAUGGACGGAUAAUUCCCCACUCAAGUACAAGUCAUGGAUGAAGUCUAAACCGCAGUUUUUUACACUGACAAAGUACUGUGUCCAGCUAGUGUACUUUAAAGGUUAUAAGGAAUGGAAAGAUGUUGACUGCGAGCAACGAGCUGCCUACCUGUGCAAGUUCACCUCCAUGUGAGAACAGCUGUCCACCAGUUCACUGAGGUCCACAAGUGCAGCAGCACCUCAGACUGAUCAAGAGUCCCCUUUCCUUCCAAAGGGACAAGCCCUCUUCAGCCCAGCACCCCAUCCGUAGGGAUCCGACUUCCUCUGGGCUAUGACACCAGGAAACUUUCUUCGUAGCUCUGAGUCUGCCUCUCUCUCCAGCUUAUUUACUGUCUUGAUUCAUUUGGGUUGUCUUCCCCAGUGCACAUUAAAGUAUCAAUAAGGCUAUAUAUUUUUUGCCUAAUUUAAAAACAAGAUUGUAAGUUGCUUGGCUAGCCUUAGAUGUGAGUAGCAAUGUGCUAAGUUAGUGGAAUCAAUGAACUCCAGCAACAUUUAAUGGUCUGCAACACAGAAUUCGGAAGGCUUUGAUCCAAUAGUUCAGGUUUGGCUAAUCACAUAUAAAUAUAAAACAAAUUAGGAGAAAACAGUUAAAAGCCCAUCCAUAACUCCACAUACCCAUAUAAUCAGCAAAGCAGAUACUUACUGAAAAAUGCAGCUCAUAAAGGCAGGCCCGGCACAGUGGGUGGUCA